GCUGCCUAUACACUUGUGUUGGAUAUGACAUCUGCUGAAUCCCCCUCACGCAAUCUAAAAAUAAAAUCCUUGGCUAAUAGCGGCGCUGAACGACCUCCUUCCCUUGAAACGGCUUCGGGUUUGUAUGGUGCCCUUCUGGAGAAGGUUUGUGGAUGUCUUCGAAAGUGGAUGAACGAUUUUGCAACUUCUUCCUUUGCUUUGGAUGUUCUCUGUGGAAUGGCCAAUGCCCCAGUUCCUCAGCCAAAUAUUGCUCUAUGCAAGUUGACACAAACAUUUGAAAAGAUUCGUCAGAAAUUGGUCCUUAACUUUGCAGUGGUUUUCGAUAAUCAGGAACGAAGUUGUCGACGCUGCGUUCAAAGUGUCUGCGAUUUCAUAGUCGCCCAAUGCCAGCGUGAGAAGAAAGACCAUACUCGCUCACUUCACAGUCUCAUCAUAAAUGCCUUCAAUUGUCUCAGUGUGUGGAUAGUGGCGCAUCCUUUUACCCUUCAUGACCUCGAUACACUCAAGGCUGUGGUUGAGACCACGAAAUUGGGGGGUCGUAGGAAACCAAAGAAAGCGCAAAAGAGAAGCCAGAAAUGGAUGGAAGAUGAGGAAGGGGAAGAGGGUAGAUAUGCAUGA